AUGAAUAGUCAGAAUAAAAUUCCAGAAAUGCCAAAUCAUGCAAGAUUUGAUGAAGUAUUAUAAGGAUUGGAACUUAGGUUUGAUUUUUACAGAUAAAUCAUAUAAAAAUAGAAAAGUCAAUAUUAAGAUAUCCUAAUGAUUAAAAUGGUAACUGUAAAGCUUAAAACAAUAGGUUUGAGGUAAAAUUACUUCAAAACUCAUAGAUAGAAGUAACAGUAGUUCAAGUUGAUUGAUAGAAGUGAAAAUAUGUUUUUGCUAGAAAAAAUUAAAUAGUAAUUAAAAAAACUCCUUAUUAUAUUUUUAGAAAAUUUCAAAAAAAUUUUAGGGCUGAAAUUUAUAAAGCCUCAAACUAAUUUAUAGAGAAACUCUAAAGGUUGA